GACAUUUCAAUAAACACGUUGUAGUCGAUGUGUCACACCGUAUUCAAUUUUCAAUCAUCCCCUCCCUACACGUCACGUUUCAUCGCUCCCUCUCCAUCAACCCCGCAACCAUCCACACCAUUAUCCACAUCUCUCCUCAAAUCCCUAUUUCCCCAAAUGGCCCAAACCCACUGAACCCUAAAUUCAACCAUUUUCCAUGUCUCAACUUCCCUUUCUCGCGCUCUUAAUCCUAACCCUAUUUUCAACUUUCGCUGAUUCUUUCAAAGUUCCUUUCAGAGUCAACGAUGUGCUACCAGUUCUUCCCCCUGGGAUUUCAUGGCCUGUGCUCAAUAAUUUCCACAGUGCCGUUGAUUUGCUUCCUUCGUUUGUUGGAUCGGUGACUCCUUAUAAUGGUUCUAUUGAAUGGAAAGGGGCUUGCUUUUUUGAUAAUCAAGCCAAACUUGAGUUCACUAAUGAUCACAAUAAUGGUUCUGGCUUGGGUGGUGCCAUUCUCUAUCUCAAGACAGAGGAAGCACACAGCUGGACCUGCAUGGAUCUGUAUGUUUUUGCAACACCGUACAGGGUUACAUGGGACUACUACUUUUCUGCGCGAGAGCAUACCCUGAAGCUUGAUUCGUGGGAAGAGCCCGCAGAGUUGGAAUAUGUAAAGCAGCACGGAAUUUCUGUGUUUCUAAUGCCAGCAGGAAUGCUUGGUACACUGCUUUCUCUAGUCGAUGUGUUGCCUCUAUUCUCUAACACUGCUUGGGGUCAGAAAUCCAAUUUGGAGUUUCUAAAGAAGCACAUGGGAGCUACAUUUGAGAAACGUAUUCAGCCCUGGCGUGCAACUAUUGAUCCUGCAGAUGUUCAUUCUGGAGAUUUUUUGGCUGUGUCAAAAAUCCGCGGUAGGUGGGGAGGUUUUGAGACACUUGAAAAGUGGGUAACUGGUGCAUUUGCUGGUCAUACAGCAGUUUGCUUAAAGGAUGAAAUGGGUAAUUUGUGGGUUGGUGAAUCUGGGCAUGAGAAUGAAAAGGGUGAAGAAAUAAUAGUGGUAAUUCCAUGGCACGAAUGGUGGGAGUCUGCUCUUAAAGAUGAUUCCAACCCACAGAUAGCGUUGCUUCCCCUGCAUCCAGAGAUGCGUGCAAAAUUCAACUCCACUGCAGCAUGGGAGUAUGCGCGGAGCAUGUCUGGCAAGCCAUAUGGUUAUCACAAUAUGAUAUUCAGUUGGAUUGAUACAGUAGCUGACAACUAUCCUCCACCUCUUGAUGCUCACUUGGUAACUUCUGUCAUGUCUAUGUGGACAAGGAUGCAGCCAGCUUAUGCUGCAAACAUGUGGAAUGAAGCACUGAAUAAGCGGCUAGGGACCGAGGAUUUAGAUUUGCAUGACAUUCUACUCGAGACUGAGAAGCGUGGGAUAACUUUCGAUGAAUUGCUUGCCAUUCCAGAACAAGAUGAAUGGGAAUAUAGUGAUGGCAAGUCAACAACAUGUGUGGCAUUUAUUCUUUCAAUGUAUAAAGAGGCUGGAAUUUUCGGUCCCAUUUCUGGCUCCAUUCAAGUAACUGAAUUCACAAUUCGUGAUGCAUACAUGCUUAAGAUUUUUGAAGAUAAUCAGACACGUUUACCAAGAUGGUGCCAAAAUGAGAAUGACAGGCUUCCAUUCUGCCAGAUUCUUGGUGAAUAUAGGAUGGAAUUUCCAGGCUAUAACACCUUGGAACCUUAUGCCAAUAUGAACGAGCACUGUCCUUCCCUUCCUCCAACUUAUGAUAGGCCUUCAGAAUGUUAGAUUCAUCAUUUUGAAAUUAUUCUUAUAUUAGAAGUGUUUGCAACAUAUUUUCUAUCUGGCACUCUCCUUGUGGCACUCUCUUUAUUGUUGGCAGAAAUUCAUAUUGGAAUCCACAUGGCUUUUGAAGUGGUGAGCCAAACAUGAAUUCCGAAUAAUAAUAAUAAAGAGAGUAUCAGAAAGAGAAUGUCAGAGUGAGGAAUGGAUUCUCUCUCAUGUCACAUUUCCAUCUAGUGAAAUCCACACCACCAUCCAUAAAAAAGGAGAGGGAUACUUUGAAGUAUACGAAAAGGGGAAUAGGGAAGUUUAAUGGUAUGGAUUAAAACUGGAGAGAAAUGUAGUGAAAAUCUUACGAGAAGUAAUUCAUUCUUCAGAAAAUGUGUUGCUAGCACUCUUCGUUAUGUUUUUAUCAACAUGCCUAUUAUAUGUCUAGUAGUUUGUUAUUAUGGUAUUGUCGAUACUACUGCAGAAAGUGCAGCACGAAUCUUCUUCACCUUUUCCUUUUUAAGAGACAUGGAACAUUGUACAUAAAAAUUUAUAUCAGUGGGUAUGGUGUGAUAUUAUAAA